CAGUGCAGUUUUGACUAGUGCAUUAUCAAAAAAAAAGUGCAAAAAAGUUCUUUCGUCUCUCGGUCGGCAGCAGCUUUCGUCAAUGGAUUGGUUGAGAUUGUUCGCUCUUCUGAUAGCUGUUGCUUCAGUUACAGUAACGGCAGAAGGAUCAAAGAAAAAGAUCCGCAUACAUCUUCCACAAAAAGUCAAGCACAUACAUCAUCACAAAAAGAUCUAUAUUACUAAUCACCCUGCACCCUCACAAUAUGCCCCCGCUUAUUUGCCGAGUGCUGAAGGUGCUGUGGCUGUACCAACAAACGUUGCGCUACCGGCUGUUGCCAAUAUUGUGCCUCUGAAUUCCGUAGAAUUAUAUGAUGAUUCUCAGCCACGCUUGCCGGGAUUAAAACCAGCGGCAUCUAAAGUAUUGCCGCUAUACCGUGCAAGAGGUUAUUAUGGACCAACACCCAAUGAAUGGGAUGAGCCAGAAUACGACUCAGGGUUGACACAUGAAAACACAGAUAAUUCGUAUACACCUGCCGUCCAUCCACCGCCACCAGUGCUAACACCGACAUCUAAUCAUAUUCCAAAAAGAGUUAAAGUUAUAAAAGUUAACGACCAGCCGCGGAAGAAAGUUCUCAAAAAACCUAAACAAAAACGUGUUCCAAUAAGAAGUCAAUCUCCAUCAGAAGAAGAACAUCCAGUAACAAACUUUCAUGAACAAUUUUAUUCAGAUUUAGAUGGUUCAGGAACCAUAAGAAAAAUUAAGAAGCCACAAAGAGUCGAAAAAAUAAUCGAUGGAGAUACCGAACAUAUCCAUACGUACAGCGAAGAACAUAUUCAUAAAUUAGUUUUUGAUGAUGGCCCUAAGACAUCGGGGUUAGCUGGAGUUGAUCAAUUAAAUAGUAUGUCUGCUAUUAGUGCAGCAAAUCCACUAUUUCAGUCUAUUAAAAAUGGGCAAUUAAUAGCAAUUCCUUCAGAACCACUAACAGGUUUCACAGCAAUUGGAUCCUUAGGAACUCCGUCACAUCUGGAAUAUGCUUCAUAUAAUCCAAGAGAUGUUACUCAUGAUCACAUUUUUCAUGACCAUGGAGAGAUACCUCCAGAAGUAGAUAUUACAAAAGAAACUUUAGGAUUUCCUCCUAGAGCCUCGUAUACUAGUCAUGGUGUGAGAAUCAACGGCGGAUUCGGGAACAAAAGAUAUAAAAAUAAACAUUCGCAUAAAUACCCGAAAGCCACAAAAUCAACACCAGUUAAUGACUUAUCUUAUUAUGAAAGUAUAUAUACCCCUUACAAUGGAUUUAAAAGUCCGCAAAAAGCACUUGUUUCACAAUACGAUACAGCAGGAGAGCCGGCCGUAGAAAACUAUAGACCUAUACCGUCUUUUAAAUUUUUCAGUAAAAAUCCCAAUAAAAUUCGUAGUACCUAUGGAAACAAUGUUCAACAAACUAAUGUACCAGCACCAUAUUCGGUAUCGUCCACUAUAGUUCAUGAUUAUCAACCAAAAUCUUAUCCUGGAGCUUUACCUCCUAGUGGAUUUUCUAAAUUUAAAGAUCCAUUUGUAAAUUUUAAGGAUAGCUAUUCAAAUAACUAUGAAUAUGAUACAUAUGCUUCAUCAUCAAACGUGUUUACAUCAGAAGACAAGAAUGAUAAUUCCUUAGUGGCUGUUCAGAAUUUAAAAGGAAAAAAGUCUAUAUCAACGCAAAAUAUCAGUUUUGGUGGACAAGAACCAAAGACUAUGGUAGUGGACCAUUUAGAAGAUAGCAAUAUCUCAUCUGAAUUACAUGACGAUACACCUUCUGCAUUUGACAAUUUAAGCAGUUAUGAUCAUACAGAUCUUACACAAGUAUCGGAUGCUACUAGCCCUACAGCUUACACUAUCAGAGAAUCAUCUCCCGCCCACCCAUAUUAUACAGCAAUGGCAAUCAAAGCGUUACAUACUGGCCAAGCACCAGAACCCGAGGCAUCGAACGACAACUAUCAAUACGCAGAAGCGCCUAGCCAAUCAACUACACCAUAUACAACAUCUAUUGCGACUACCACUAGCGCUCCAUUGGCUUACUUUGAAAAUCAAAGUACGAGUACAAUUACAACCGAACUACCAAGGCUUGUUUCCGAAAAUGAACACGCACCCAGGCAUAAACAUAAAAAAAAUAUGUCAAAUAAAAAAACUCGCCAAAAGUAUAUUGUGAUUAAUGAAUUAGAUAAAAUGACAGAAUUUAAUAAUGGAGAUAGUCAAUCACAAGCUCGCAAACAGCUUCAUCAUAACCAUCAAAUAUCAGAAGACUCCGGUGUUAGAGGGAAAUUUAAAUAUGGUGACAAACUAUGAAGUUAGUUAUAUUAAAGUAGGUGUAUAUAUAGUUGUUCGUGAGUUUAGGUAGUUUUGCGUUUGUUACUCUUUGCCGCAAGUGUGAUGAUAUAAAUCUAUGUUUUGAGAACAUUAUUUAUAGCGUGUUGUAGUUCUAAUAAAUCUAACUCGAAUUUUAGCUAUAGAACAAGACGACAAUGGUAUUCAUGCAUUUUAUACGAAUCCAUAGACGAUGUGU